UCCACACACUGCGGGUAUGAGUGGGCAUGUACAUGUGUGUGUGUUUAUGUGUGCUGCGAGGCGCUUUCAGCAGACACAAACCCCACGCUGCCUCCAGCUAUUAGCGCUGCGAGGAGGAUCCACGUCCGCUCAUGUCUGGAGCUCAUGAAUAAAGCAGCGAUGGAGCACCGAGGAGGGAAAUUCAGCGACAAAGGGAAAGAUAAUCCCGCUGCGCCUUCAUGGAGCCAAAAUGGCGCCACGGAGGAGGAGUAUGGAUGUCCGGACGGUCCCGACGAAGAGAGACGGGUCAAGAGCGUCUCACGGGCCGCGAAACCUGCCGAAGAGCAGCCGCGACUCAACUUCCACAUCCCCCGGAAGAGCAGAGAAAAGAGAGCUCUGUUUCAGAAUUUGACUACGGACUCUAGGGAGUUUUCUGACAUUCUGCAGAUUCUCACCUCCUGCUACAAGGACUCUUCCUCCACGGGCAUGUUUGAGUACUCCAAACCUCGCCUCGUCCACAACGAACUGCUGGAGAAAGACUUCAUGGAGAAGCGACGAGAGCUUAAGCAGGAUGGGCGAACAGAGAAAGAGCUGUCUGAGACUUUCUGCUUCCUGCUUUGUGAUGCUCAGAAGGUCUCGGUGGUGUGUGAGAAAGGACUGUCUGUUGGCAGCAGCUGGAUGAGCAUGUUGGGGAAUCCAUCUAAAGGUGUUUACCUGUGUCAGUUUUCUGAUUUACUUCAAAUCACCCCCAUCGAACCUGGAACUACAGGAAACAUCAUCGUUUUUAAAGUUAUAAAGGGUAAAGUGAAGAGUGUACAUGACUGUAUGUCCGUAAGCAUGGAUCCUACACCUAAAUUUGACAGCCAUUUCUCCAAGAACUCAACCAGAGUGACGUCCCUACAGUCGUACCGGGCAUUCGAGUACACUCAGCAAUACUUCUACGAGUAUGUGGAUUUCGAGAUUUCGUCCAGGCCGAGACAUGUGUGUCCGUAUGCCGUGGUCUCUUUUUACUUUAAAGGCAAAGAGGCUUCAACUGUGGCUCCCAAACCGCUGCCUCCUCUCAGGUCCAACAGUCAGCCAUCCGCGACAAGCAAAGGUAGGCGCUGUUACACGGUAUGGCGGGGACAUUUCGUGAACGGCGGAAAAGAUGUUUAUCAAGCCAGCCUUCGAUCGCUCUCUCAACCUUUCCUGCCCUACAAACUGCCAGAGAAGAUUGAGAUUGGGAAAGUCAUGAGCCUGCAGCAGGUCAAGCAGAAAAUCCCGUCUGCCCUCUUCUCCUGGAACCUCUACACGGGCAGCCAUGAAGUGUCUAAAAGUGGCAUGUUCUGCAGUCUGUUUGACGUGGUGGAGAAAGACAAAACUUCUCCAAAAAGCUUGACCGCAUUGCUGCAGAAACUGGAGGAAGAGGGUCUGGUGCUGGUGAAUAUGGUGAAGGACAGAGGUUUCCUCUUCUUGCUUUCUGCCAGUCAAAUGGCCAACUCAAGCGAGCGACGAGGUGGUUGGAAAAUGUCCUCUAUACAAGCACUUUUUAUUUACCGUGAGAAGCGUGACUGGUUGAAGAGCUCAUCAAAUCCCUCUGAGACCUGCAGACCUGUGUCAUCAGAGCAUCACAUUCCCAUCAUGCCCCAGCAUGAUUCGUUCAUCUCCGCUCUCCACUACGCCCUCAACAAGGCUCGCGGUGAGCCUCCUGCUGACCUCAGCACUGCUAUAGAGCAGCAGGUUUACGACUACCUCACUAACCUUCGUGAAGGCAAACCACUGCAGCGCAUUAGGACUGACUACGACCCCAAACUGGACGUCAGGGAAAAGCUCUUUCCUGCUCCCAGGCAGAAAACAAACUGGGAGAGCUUCAUGCGGCCCUACAUCUACAAGCCGGUUGUGUUUACAAUGCUUCUGGAGAACGUGAAGAAAAAGGUGGAGGAGCUCCGGGUUCAGACGGACGCGACCGCUGGGAAAACAGCCCCCCAUAAUGACCCAGAGAAGGUCAAAGAGCUGCUGAAGCUCAUUCAGCUGAACAAGAAGAACUCGAAGGGAAAGGCGGGAGAUUCAGAGGCGACGGAGGACACCUACACGCUGAAGAGGAAAGUGGAUCUCGACGCUCAUGAAGGAAGCUCAAAACGCCAGAGAAAUCAACCCAACGAAGAAUUAAGAGACGCGGAUGAGAGGCAGUCCACAACAUCUCUAGCUAGUAUCCUGAGUAGUGUCGGCCUUCAGGACACAGACCUGAGAAAGAACAAAACUCAGGGAGUGAUGAAGAUCAUGGAGAUUCUGGACAGCUUCGGAAGGACCAAUCUUGACACGGACCUGCGCAAAGACCCUACCCAGGGGGCAAUAGAGGUCCUAAGACUGAUAGACAACAUGACCAGAGCUGCCGCAGAGUCACCUGAUGACACUGAGAUCAGGGACACGACGGACAUUUCUGACACGGCUCGGCGUCUCGGUCUUCCGACUGACCGCGACAUUGACUUGAGGAAAAGAUUUGUGGAUGAUGAACCCGAGAGGACCGACUGUCUCGAGAGAAAGGGUCAAACAGACUACGUAGAGAAGACGCAGGUGAAGAGAGGAAAGAAAAAGGGUGAGACGGACUACGUAGAGAAGACGCAGGUGAAGAGAGGAAAGAAAAAGCAUGCAACAGACUACGUAGAGAAGACGCAGGUGAAGAGAGGAAAGGAGGAGACUGCUGGUAGUUUGAGUAGUUUAGAAGAAGCAUUUAGCCCUUGUUCAGAUUCUGGAGGACAGCAGCGUGGCGUUAACCUGCUCGGGGAAAAGACCAUUCCAUGGGUACUGAUACCCAUCACAGGUCUGAAAACAGAGCGAUAUUCCCAGAGACAGAUGGACUAUCCUGAAGAUCCACGCUUCGUUCAGAGCCCAACAGUGUCUACACACACCACACCUGACAUAAAAGAACUUUCCCCUCCCUACCAGCCAGACAGCAGCAACACAGCCAUGGAUCUGGAUGUGCAGACAGCGGCAGAGGUUGAGGACGAAGAGCCUGUUCCCACUGCCGUGACCACAGAUUGUCCUGCAGAGCCAGUCGCGUCGAGUAGCGGUUUUGACCACAUAGUCGAUGAGCUCGUCUCUGGGUUUUCCACUGAGGUUGAGCAGCUCUUGAAGGCCAAACGUAUUUAUUAUGUGUCCUGCUCCAGCACUCAGGGCUCACGAGAACCGAGCCAGGCUCCAGUUGUGCCGCUUUCCAAUUACGUGUCAAACUACAACACUCCGUUUCCCGUCAGUAACUACAUCAGCUCUUUCCACGACAGCCUGAUGAUGUUCAUAGACCCUCAGCACAGCAGUCGAUACCAUGGAGCUCAAGAAGAUGUGUCGUCUACCUCCUCUGCUGCAGAAGUUCCUUCAAAUGUCCCUGAUACGUCCUCCAACUUGAAUCCGUGUGCUUCCUCGUCUUCCAACAACACCCUUGAAUCAUCUCAGAGACCGUGUUCCCCUUCUAGUGCCCUACCUGACCCAAUGACUCAGCCGCAGUAUCACUCAGGUUUACCCGACGCUGAAAUCCAGCAGGCACCCCAUCAGAUGUGGGCAUUAGAGCAGGACCAAGUGACGCAGAAGACACAGGAAGCAAACAUCACUCAAGAUUGUCAUGAGAUGAAUGGUAGUUUGGUUGCUGAGACUACAGGUGCUGUGGAGGGUCAAACGGCGCAAGCUGCCACGCUAGCUGAAGACGCCUCGAUGGGACACGCUCAUUCUGCCUUUAGCAGUAUCAUCGAUCAGCUGCAGCCCGAGGUGAUCAGUAACCUGGUGGAGAUUAUUAAAGGAGUUCAGAAGAACGCAGUCUACUUCUACAUCCAUUCCACAGAUGAGGAGGAGAGUGAUGUCUGCUGGGAAAUUAAGGAAUAUUUGAAAAAGUUGGGGAAUUUGGAGUGUAACCCUCAUGGCUUCCUUGAAAAAAACAGUAGUCAAGACAAACUCCUGGUCAUCAUUCAGAAUGUGGACAUCGCCGCACAGGUUCACAAGAUACCUUCUUUAGUUUCAUUGAAGAAGCAUCCGUCUGUGAGCUUUGCUGGUGUAGACAACCUGAGUGACAUUCAGAACCACACCUACAAUGAGCUCUUUCAGUCUGGAGGCUUUAUCGUGUCAGAUGAGCAUGUCCUGAAUCCAGCUGUCAUCACAGCAGAGAAACUUCAAGAUAUCCUUGAGUACAUUGAGCAGCUCAACUCUCCUCAGAGCCCCUGGAGAUGGAGGGUGCACUUCAAAUCACACAAGAAACUCAGAGAGCACAGCAGGCUCAAAGCUGAUGCUUUGAAGCUGUACGAGAUCCUCAGUGAGUAUGAGAAGAAACAUAUUGUUGAGAUCCUGUCGUACCACGAGUGUGACACUCCAUCACGUCGAGCACCUGACCUCGACUGUCUAGUGAAUCUCCAAGCAAGAUUCACCAAACAACGACACCUGAUAUUUCUCACAGGCUUCCAGUUUGAGAUGUUUCCCCACUACUCAAGCAGUGGCAUCGUUAUUGCCAAUGUUGAUGACAUAAAGUUUGUAAUAAGCAGUUUAGCCACUGGAGGAAAUGUGGACAGCGUUCCGUCAGCAGAGACAUGCGCCACUCCUGCUCCAGCGUCAUUGAGAGACGAUAGCAUGUCCUUGGACUCGGACCUGGAUUCUUCAGAUAACAUUAUAUCUGUCACAACCGAGACGACCCAUGUUGUCCCAGACCAGCCCCCGUCUGCGCUCGCAACUGAUCCGUGCCCUCCUGCCUCUGAGCCCUCUCUCCAAGACCAAGCAAAUCCAAUUCCUGUGAUCACAACAACCAGUGAGAUGCCAAAAAAAUUAGACUUUGUAGCUCUCAGUGAAGCGAUUUCUCAGUUCAAGGCUUCCAAGAUGCUUUCGAGGUCUGAUGCCGGCGAAACUCUACAGACGUCUUUUCGAGUUGAUCCUCAUCAGAGUUUCCUCAGUCACAGCGAUAUGUCCGAUUCCUAUCCUCAGUACUCCUUGGAAAACCACAGUCUGCCUGAGACAGGGUCUUGUACGUCAAUCAAAAUGGAAACGGCGGUCACAACAACAGUUGGCGAUCCACUGAGCUCUUCCUCUCCAGUCGAAGCCAGUUGUGAAAUGGUCCAGUAUGGGGAAACGGCCACAUCUGCUGCUGCGCCGAUCAUAGCAGCUGAGAGCACCAGCAAUAUAAUGAAUAUUUCAAAAGCGUGGGAGCAGUCAAGCACAACUUCCAUGGACACUCAGUCAGGCACGACUAAUGCUGGGACGUCCAAUGAAAGUGGCCUUUCGGAGAAGCCUGCAGUGACAGCAGUGAACAACGCUAGUUCCUCUGAACCACUUGUGAAUAACAAAAGCGUGAGCAGUGGUUUCCUUCCCAGACCUGGCACUUCUAGACACACCAUGGAUCGUUUUUAUCCAGCGCUGCAGAGCAGCGGCUUCAUGUCGGCUCCACAUGGUUCUGUGGGUCUGAACGCCCCUAGAUUCGUAUCUCACAAUGGUGCUAUUGGACUCAGACAUCCUCUUCUGAACUGCACAGUUUCCAACAACGUAGGAGUUGUGGGAUCUCCGGUCUUUAGAGGAUUCUUGCCGAAUCCUAACAUGCAAAUGUCUUGGAACAAUUUAGCACAAGGCUCUGCAUCAGGCCUUUGGGGUGCUCACUACGGCAUGGAUGUGCAGCAGAUCCACACGUCUCCAUUCAUCCAGACUUGGCAUGGGAAUCCUGCAUUCCAAGGCGACAGUUAUCAUCCCAAUAGAGGAGGAUUUGGUGGUUGGUGAACCAGCAAUGCGUGUAGAUAGUUUUCAAACUCAUGUUUACAACUCAACGUCUCAGUUUGACUUUUGUAUAAUAGAAGACAAAUGAAACAUUUCUAGGUUUUCACUGAAGGUGAAUUAAAGUGAUUCAUUUCAUAUUUUUCAGAGAGCAUUAUAUUUGUAUUUUGCUUUUGCAUGUUGGUCGGGCUGAUAAUGUUGGUUAUUUUCCCCUUUUGUGAAAAACCUGAAGGCCUUGGUUUUAAUAUUAUUUUUAUAAAGCUGAUAAUAUACAUUAAACAACUUUCAAACUAAUCUUUGUA